AGACUGUUUUGCUCCUUAAGCAAGAGAUUCACUGCUGCUCAGCCUGGCUCAGACCAACUCAUGGUUGAUGCUCCUCUCCUGCCUGAUGUUUGGGUCUCUGAGCCAAGGCCAAGAGACCCAGACAGAGCUGCCUAAGGCCUGGAUCAGCUGCCCAGAAGGCACCAAUGCCUGUCGCUCCUACUGCCACUACUUUAAUGAAGACCGCGAUUCCUGGGUUGAUGCAGAUCUCUACCACCAGAACAUGCAUUCAGGCAACCUGGUGUCUGUGCUCACCCAGGCCGAGGGUGCCUUUGUGGCCUCACUGAUUAGAGAGAGUGGCACUGAUGACUUCAAUGUCUGGAUUGGCCUCCAUGAUCCUAAAAAGAACCGCCGCUGGUACUGGAGCAAUGGGUUCCUGGUCUCCUACAAAUCCUGGGACAUUCGAGCCCCAAGCAGUGUCAGUCCUGGCUACUGUGCCAGCCUGAUUUCAAGUUCAGAAUUCAAGAAGUGGAAGGAUAUGCCUUGUGAGGCAAAGUUCUCCUUUGUUUGCAAGUUCAAAAACUAG